AUGAAAAAAAAGGAGAGUCCGUUCCUUGGCAUAGAUAAUCCUGCCUAUAGUUAGAAUAUAUCAUCUCCUAGAUUUGAGGAAUUAUUGUCAAUUUACUCUAAGGAUAAUGAAAUAGAACAACCGAUAGAGGAAGCAUUAAAAGAUAAAAGAAAAAUUUUUGUGAGAAAUAAUUUUGGAGCAUUGAAUGAUGGUCAUAAAGAAGAAAGUUUUGAGGAUGAUUAUUAUUUGAGUAGUGUUAGGUAAUUUAUUUAUUGGAUCAUAUAAGUGAUAACAGAUUUGAUCAAGAAUCUGCAAGAUCAAGAACAAAUUCUUUGAUAAGAGAAUAAAGAAGUCUUAGUAUUUCGAAAAAUUUAUAGAUAAAUUAGAGUUCUAAUAAAAAAGUAAAUACAGGAUUAAUAAUUGAUUAGACAUUCAAUUUAUAAGUAUAGGGAGUAAAGUCGAGCUCAAAUAUUGAUAAAUACUAAAGCUUUGUACAAUAAUUUGAAUUGGAUGAAAAUAAAAUAAGAAAGAAUAAAGAACUAUUAUAGUAAAAAAGUAAUCAAACUAAUGAGCUUUCAUCUAAAAGGAACAGUGGAAUAAAAGAAGACAAAAUUGGGUAAAAAUUUAAUAUAAUUUAUAUAUUAGAUUAAAUAAGAUAUGGGCAGUGAAGGGAUUUAUAAUAAUAAGAUUAGUAUCUAGAUUUAUUCAAUAACUAAAGACAAAAACUGAAACCAUAAAAUUUAGACUAUUAACAAAAAAAAUAUUUUCUGUAAUUGGAGAUUUGUCUAGUAAUUUUGAAUAUAUUUUAAUAUCUCGAUAAAUUAAGUAGAAACCCAGUAUAUUCUUAAUUUUGAAAUAUAAUUUUUAGAAAAGAGCAACAAAGCUUCUACAUUACUUAGAAAAUUGUUAAGAUUUCUUAAGCAGAAAUAUAAUAGUAAUUAGACCUGAUAGUAAAUUUAAAAUUAUUUGGGAUAUCUUGUUAUUACUCUUUAUUGUAAUGAAUAUAUUUUACAUACCUAUAAAUAUCAGUUUCAAUAUUUCAACUUAAGGAGUAUUUGAAUACUUAUUUGAUUUGUUACCAUCAUGGAUUUUUAUAGCUGAGAUAAUUAUUAAUUUUAAUACUGCCUAUUAUGAUAAGGGUUUGAUGCAUGAAGAUCGAAAAUCAAUAGUGAAACAUUAUUUAAAAGACAAUUUCUUUUGGGAUUUAGUUGUUGUAAUACCAUUUCUAAUGUCAAAUAUGAACAUACCAUUUGUUAGAUAUGCUUUAUUACUUCGAUUGACUAGACUAGCUCCUUUAAUGGAGAGCAUUGAAGAAAUUCUAAAUUUGAAGGUAUGAAAAAACUAAUAUGUUUAGGAGAGUAUCCAAAUUAUUGUUGAUCUUUUAAAACUCAUCUUUUUUCUUGUUUUAACAGGUCAUUUCUGUGGAUGUGCAUGGCAUUUUGUUGCAUUAACAGAAUAUGAAUCUUUUGGUAUAACAGAUAAUUGGUUAACUCAUUAUGACAGAUAGGCUUUUGAAUAUCAUUGGUUCGAUAGAUAUAUAAUAUCUCUUUAUUGGAGUGUAAUCACAACAGUUACUGUUGGAUAUGGGGAUAUUGUACCUGUGACAACUUUUGAAAGGAUUUUUGUAAUUAUUGUAACAUUACUGCUUUGUGGAGUAUUUGGAUAUUGUAUUUCAAAUAUAGGAAAUAUAUUUAAAUAGAUGUCUGAUAAGAAGACUACUUAUAAAUUUAAACUACGUCAAAUACAUUAACAUAUUAGAAAAAGAGGUCUUAAUUUAAAUUUGUCAUUAAAAGUAAUGAUUUAAAUUUAUACUCUAGGUCAAAAAGUAUUUUGAAUACUUUUUCUAACUUGAACAAGAAGAAGAUAGUCAUACAGAGAUAUUUAUUACUCAAUUAACUAAACAUUUAAGAGAAGAGGUUUUAACAGAUUUAUAUUGCAAUACUCUUAAAAAAUCAAGAUUUCUUAGAGACAAUUUUAAAGAAUUAACAAUCAAUAAUCUAUGUUAAUUCGUUAAAGAGAAGAAAGUAUUACCAGAAGAAGUUUUGUAUUCUAGAUUCGAUUAACCAACAAAAAUUUGGUUUGUACUUACAGGAGCUUUAGAAUUUGUAGCAGAUCAUAAAAGUAAAUUAAUUAUAUGAAUAAUAAUAGAUGAAAAUGAUUAUUAUGAAGCCACUGAAACUUUUCUCAAAAAAGUAAAUUCUGGGUAAUAUAUUUGAUCUAAUUUUAGAGCAGUAUUAGGAGAGAGAGAAUUCAUAAUACAGUAACCAUAUGAAUACAAAGUAAGAGCAUUAAAAUUUACUUAAAUGGCUUAUAUUGAGUAAUUAAUUUAUUGAUAGUUUCAAUAGUUAUGAGGAUUUUAUUAAUGUUAUUAGUGAAAAUGAUUCAGAAUAUGAAAUAUUUUGUAUGAAGAGAGAUAGAUUAUUAUUUGAACCUUAAUUUAAAGGUUCUGGAAAUGUGUGUGAAAUUUGUGAAUGGACUCACAAUUUUAUAUAGUAAUAAUAUAUAUUAAUAUUAUAAGAUGUCCAUUUGUAUUCUUGUAACCAAAUAUAAAUAAAAUAUCCAGUAGUUUCACAACAGUUAGGUUAAAUAAUAGGAUUAAAUUUCCAUAUCGACAUACAAUGAAAUCAAGAACAAGAGAAACUCUAAAUGGUGUAUAAGAAGGAGCACUAAAAAUAUUAGUUGGAAAUUUAACUGAAUAGUAAAUCAAUAAUUUUAUUAUAGAGAAUAUACUGAUGAAUAUUUAGUAUCUUUAGGAUUUUAAUUGACAUAAAAAAUAGAAUUAGAUUAAUAAAUUCCAGAUGAAACAUCUAAAACUCUAAAAGAUUCAUAAUCUCCAACAACCAGCGAAAUGUAAAAGACAUUUUAAAAGAAAAGUACAAAAACAUUAGCAGCAGGAGGUAUGACAACAGAUUUGAAAGAUGUAAAAGAUAAUUAAGAAUUGAAAAAAAGCAUUAUUAAUUUCUAAAAAAAUUAAUUUGGAAGAGAAAAAUCAAAAGCAUUAUAAGUAUUUAAAAAGGAUAUUUAAGAAAAAGAACUUGAAGUAUUAGAAUAAUAAUAAUAAUUUGCUAUUCCCAAUAGUUAAAUUCCAAAUUCAUCAAAUAAUAAAUUAUAUCAAAAGUAAAUCUAAAAUAUACCACGAAGAUCAUCUAAUGUUGAUGAAUUCAGUAAUCUAUUAUUAUCAUAAAAAUUUGGAAAUCUAACUCAUUAAUUAGAUUAAGAAUAAAAUAAAUGUUUUAUAAAAUAAUUAAGUAAAAAUAGUGAGAAUAGUGAAAUGUAAGAAUCAUUAAUAAGAAAAUAAAUUGAGAAUAAAGAAAGAAAAAUAUAGAUUGGAGGGGAAAAAAGAAGAAAGAAAAGAAAAACAACUAUAUAACUUGGAUAAUAAUCUUAACGUAAAUGUUAUUAAAAUUAAUAACCAAAUUUAAGUCCAAGUCUAUAAUAAAAAUAAUAAUUAAUGAUAGUAUUAGAUUAGAAAUUAAAAAGAUUAAGUAUUGGAGAUUCUAAAAAAUAAGUUUAAGCAAAUCAUAUGACAAGUGUUGCCUAGAUUGAAAUUUUAGGUGAAUCUUCUGAAAAUACAUAAGAUGAUUCAUUAUAACAAAAGAUAUUAGAUAUUGUUCAUACAAAUGAAAAUCUUCAGAUUGAUUGCUGUAAAUCUGCUCUGAUGUAUUUUCCUGAAUUUAAUAUAGAUGAAAUUCUUAAGAAAAUUGAUAAUUAUUAUUCUUUUGUAAAAGGAGUAGAAAAAAGAAUGUUUAAAAGAAGUAAGUCUAAUCGUAAUUUAUUUGAAAGAAUAAAACCAUCAAAAAAUGGAAAUAUAAAAAGUUUUCAAAUAAUAACUAAAUCUUAAUAAGAUGUAUUAAAACUUGAUAAAAAAUACUGA